AUGUCGAUUCUCCAGAAAAUCUCGGAUAUCGAGGCCGAAAUGGCCAGAACGCAGAAGAAUAAGGCUACGGCUGGCCAUUUGGGUUUAUUGAAGGCUAAGUUGGCGAAGUUGAGAAGAGAGUUGAUUGAGCCCAAGUCCGGAGGAGGCGGAGGAAAGGGAGAAGGGUUUGAUGUCGCAAGAACAGGUGAUGCCCGAGUCGGAUUCGUUGGGUUUCCGUCAGUGGGAAAGUCAACGCUCUUGUCGAAUCUGGCGGGUGUUUACUCAGAAGUGGCGGCGUACGAAUUCACAACUCUGACGACAGUUCCGGGUGUGAUUCGAUACAAAGGAGCGAAGAUUCAGCUACUCGAUCUUCCUGGUAUCAUUGAAGGUGCCAAGGAUGGUAAAGGUCGAGGUAAACAGGUCAUUGCUGUUGCCAGAACAUGCCACUUGAUCUUCCUGUGUCUUGAUGUUCUGAAGCCUUUGGGACACAAAGCAAUCAUCGAACACGAGUUGGAAGGAUUUGGAAUUCGAUUGAAUAAGAAACCACCGCAGAUUACAUUCCGAGUGAAGGAAAAGGGAGGAUUGAAUUAUAAUGCGCAAGUCGAGCAAUCGGAAUUGGACAAGGAACUAGUCCAGUCAAUUUUGAAAGAAUACAAAAUCCACAACGCGGAUGUGACAUUGAACGAAGACGCAACCACAGACAUGCUGAUCGACGUUAUUGAAGGAAACAGAAUUUACAUUCCUGCGAUCUACGUCCUCAACAAAAUCGACCAGAUCUCCAUCGAAGAGCUCGAUCUCAUUUACAAAAUCCCCCACACUGUUCCCAUCAGCGCGCAUCACAAGUGGAACUUUGAUGAUCUUCUGGAAACCAUGUGGGACUAUUUGAAACUCACGCGUAUCUACACGAAACCAAAGGGUCAACUUCCCGACUAUACAGAACCUGUUAUUUUGAGAAAGGACAUCAAUACAGUCGAAGGUUUUGUGAACAAAAUUCAUAGGACGCUGAUGGACUCAUUCAAACACGCGCUUGUUUGGGGAUCUUCCGUGAAGCACUGUCCCCAGCGAGUCGGAAAGGAUCAUAUUCUGAUGGACGAAGACGUCGUGCAAGUCAUCAAGAAACACUGA